AUGGCUUCCAACAAUGACCUCCCAAUGCCAUCUUGGCCGCUCACCCCACCGGACGCAUCGGAUUUUCCGCCAACGAACAUGAAGCAUAUGUCCUCGGUUAUUACAGCAAUUCAUGUUAUGUCUACCGAGCGUGCGGCACUCACACAUCUCGAGCGACUAUAUCAAACAGAUGCCCGAGCGCAGCAAGAGCUUGCGCGAGCAGUAGAUUGCAUUGCGCAAAGUGUCCGCGAUGGAGGCAAGCUGGUGGUUUGCGGGGUGGGGAAAAGUGGGAAAAUUGGACGAAAGGUUGAAGCUACAAUGAAUAGUUUGGGUAUAUACUCUGCCUUUUUGCAUCCGACUGAGGCUUUACAUGGAGAUUUGGGAUUGGUUCGACCGAAUGAUACAAUGCUUCUCAUAUCGUUCUCUGGUCGUUCUCCCGAGCUAUUAUCUCUACUUCCACACAUUCCGACCUCGGUUCCUAUCAUCGCCUUGACUUCACAUACAGAGCCGUCCGAAUGUCCCUUAUUAUCUCUGCAUGUCCCCUCAGGUAUGGGAAUACUCUUAUCGGCUCCAAUUCACGAGGACGAAGAGGCGUCAUUGGGAGUUAGCGCACCUACAUCAUCUACUACAGUAGCCUUGUGCCUGGGUGAUGCACUAGCGAUCGCAAUAGCACGCAAGUUACAUACAGCCCCCGACAAGGGACCAGCAGAGGUCUUCAAAAGCCAUCAUCCCGGCGGAGCAAUCGGAGCGGCACAUGCAGCAGCACUAUCUCGAACACCACUGACAACGCCAUCAAGCGGGGCCUCGAACAAAACAUUCGAUUCCCCGUCCUCAUCCAUUUCCCUACAAUGGGACGACCUAAAUAGCACUUCCAGCAUCCCCACUUUCUCUCUCCAGUUACCACCAGCACAUCAACGUAUUCCUCCAGGUAUACUUGUUCCUCUCGAUCAAAUACCCAAUGUAUCAUCAGCGACAAGACAAAAUCCCAGCGACAUCCGUCUACUCGACAUACUGUUAACAGCGAUUCAGCAUCCCAAUGCAAAGUCUUGGGUAUUUCUUUCUCCGAAUGAAAUAGUUCCGCCUCGACGAAUCUGGUCUUUCCUUUCUCGACAUACUAAUGUGGAUAUGCCUGUUGCUGAUGCUUUGGCUAAAGACUCAAGCUAUUCGCUGGUGGUGGCUCGAAACAACUGGCUUUUAGUACCAGAGUCAACCCCGCUUGCUGAAUUGCAACAUAUGGUCUCCACAUCCCGAACUGGAGGGACCCCGAUAUCUGUCAUUGCUGUGAUGAAGGAUAUCGCCUAUCCUAACACAUGUAUAGGGGUGACAGAGGCAGAGGAUUUAUGGGGUGAAUAA